CUGUCUUGUACUCUAGUUUGGUUGGUGUUCUUGUUCCGCAAGAAACUUAGAGUUCAUCCCUUACUGCACUGCAGUGUUUGAGUGAGAAAUGGAAGACUUUGAGGAGUCGAUGUCUGACUGCAGUGUGGAUUCUAAUGAGCUGCCACCAAUGCCGCCAUUAAUCAGGAUAAGAAGGAAUAUAUCUGGGGAUUCAUACGCGUAUGGCACACUUUCUGCUCAGACAUCUUCUGACUCACCUAUCACAGGCAUUGAUCAACCUAUGCAGAAUGCGGCAGCAGAGGUAUUGCCCGACCUAGAUCCAGAGGACACACUCUCUCUCCACAAAGAAGAUAUGCCCGGGGCACCGCCUGCACCGCCUUUGACAAGAUCAACGAAGAUAGAAUGUAGUUCAGCAAGUUCUUUAGAUCAUGAUGCAUGUUGUGUAUCAUCCCUAAGUAAACGUGGACAAGUCUGGCACGAUGAAAAGAAGCACACUCGGCCUGGAAAAUCUUUUGAAUUGGGACACGGAGACAACUCGCCGUCCAAGUACAGUGGUAAUGUCGACCCGAAACAGCCUGUGCAACUAGAACUGAAAUCUAAUGCGAAUACAUCUUCCUCCAGUUAUCCGUUUGAACACGGUAGACUUUCUGAAACGUGGAAACAGGAGACAACCGAAGAAGGGGAUUCAAUCGACAUGCAAGGAGUUGGCGGACAUGAUAUCAGACAUCAGCCAGUUGGGUCUCAGUGUACCGCUAUGGUUCCCGAUCAAGGAAAACGUUCUACGAGUAAAACGCUACACAAGUGUCGAAAGUGUCCCAGACAGUCCAAGACAGCAUCUGAUCUUCGUCGUCAUGACCGUGUUCAUACUGGAGAGCGACCAUUCAAGUGUGAUGUAUGCAGCAAACACUUCUCUCGGUCAUGCACUCUAAAAGUACACAAACGUAUUCACACCGGAGAGAAGCCUUUCGCGUGCAAAGUUUGUCAAGCAUCAUUCACGAAAUCAUCAGCUCUAAGUACCCAUGAACGUGUUCACACUGGAAUAAGGCCCUACAAGUGCGAGACAUGUGAAGCAUCGUUCAAGCAAUCGUCAGAUCUUCGUAGACAUGAACGUACAGGUAUUCAUACUGGGGAGAGGCAUCACAAGUGCAAGGUAUGUGGUGCGUCGUUCCGCCGGUUGUCAACUCUACAUGCUCAUGAACGCAGCACGCAUUGAUUUGUUCAUAGAGAAGCACGGCAUGUGAAUCGUAUUUCUACAGACCAAGAAAUGGGCAAGAGCCAGAAGGUUUACACACAAGAAAAAGCCAUUUUGGGGAAUAAUCAACUGGGUGAACCCUUGUCCAAACUCAUAAAGAAGACAAACUUCAUACAUGCAGUAUGUGCAAACAUCAGUCUCGUACUCAAAGUUACUGUAUGGACAUGCGCUUCACAUACAGGUGGGAAAUCCAGCAGUAAGGUGGUUACUUUACCUGUAGAAACAUUUAAUCCACACGAACACAUUCAUAAGAACGAUGAUGAUUGUUGUCCAUUUUACUGAGUUGGCGUUAGCCAUGAACUUAAAAGUCAUUUCUCUGCCAAUAGCUGCAGGUCAUUUUAUAACCAGUCUCGCUGCUCAUAGAACAAAUUAUAUUUGCAGGUUUGUUUGUUUUUGUUUUACGUCUCAUUACUGUCAACAACAUUGAACAAACCAGCAAGGACUGCAAAAGAAGCCUGAGCGGCCCCAACAAUUUCUCUUGUUCUGGGCAACUAGUGCACUAGAGGUUCACGAGUGAAUCGAUAUCUUGACCUACAAGUAAAAAGAAGUAGGGCGGACACACCCAUUCCCACAGCACUGCAAAACCCAACCGAUUCCUUUUAUGGACAAAGUUUCGGCAAAUUUGCCAUCAUCGGGUACGAAAUGGAACAAUGAUGCCAUGCAGGUCGAAAGAAGCAGUUUCAUGCCAAAGUCCUACCGCCAGAACAGCAUACUGCCGCGCAAAAAGAGAAGUAGAAUCAGUGGCAGAGGUGUAAGUGAGACAUUUAACGCCAGGACUAAAACCUAUCGUAAGAACAAAUCCUACCGCCAAACGCAACAUCAUCUGGCGCCACAAGAAUGACAGAUGCAGCGAGUUGAGCUUCAAAGGUGUAGGUGAGAUCUUCACCGCCGGAACCAAAGCAUAUUGUCUCAUUCAGUAAUUUUCACCUUCCUAACACCUGUAGUUCACACCUAUGUCUUACACCUCGUGCAUGCAUAUUGUCUCAUUAAUUUAUUUUCACACCUAUAUCUUACACCUCGUGCAUGCAUAGUGCAAGAGGCAUAUUGUCUCAUUAAGUAAUUUUCACCUUCCUAAUACCUGUAGUUCACAUCUAUGUCUUACA